UCUCUCGAGCAUUGAGCAAAGCAACCAAGCAAGCGGCAGCAGAGCGCGAGUCAUGCGACCCACACCGCCCAAAUCCUCGGAACGCAAAGCUCCCCGCUACUACUCUACUCUCCUACUAGUCGUCUACUACUCGGCCAGGUGAGGUGCCCAACCACCGCCGUGGUAGCGAGCGCGCGACAUGGCGGCGGCGGAGGUGAGGCACCGGACGGUGGAGGUGGCAAGCGGGGUGCGCCUGCACGUGGCGGAGGCGGGCCCGGAGGACGGGCCCGCCGUGCUGCUCGUCCACGGCUUCCCGGAGCUCUGGUACUCGUGGCGCCACCAGAUGCGCGCCCUCGCCGCGCGGGGGUUCCGCGCCGUGGCGCCCGACCUCCGCGGCUACGGCGACUCCGACGCCCCGCCGGGCCGGGACUCCUACACCGUGCUCCACCUCGUGGGCGACCUCGUCGCGCUCAUCGCCGACGUCGGCCAGCCCCGGGUGUUCGUGGCGGCGCACGACUGGGGCGCCGCCGUGGCGUGGCAACUGUGCCUGCUCCGCCCCGACCUCGUCACGGCGUUCGUCGCCCUCAGCGUCGAGUACCACCCGCGGAACCCCACGAGGAGCCCCGUACAAACCCUCAGGGCCGUGUGCGGGGACGGCCACUACAUCUGCUUCUUCCAGAAACCUGGAGUGGCCGAAGCUGAAUUUGGUAGAGGUGAUAUAAAGUGUCUCUUGAAGAAAUUCUAUGGAAUGCGCAAGGCAGCACCUCUGAUUAUACCCCCAGGCAAGACUUUAUUUGACUCAAUUGAUUCAGAUGGUACUUGCCCUGCAUGGCUGUCAGAAGAAGACAUUUCCUACUAUGCCGAGAAAUUUGAGAAGACUGGAUUUACUGGAGGAUUGAACUACUACAGAUGCAUAGACUUGAACUGGGAGCUGACUGCACCAUGGACUGGAGUUCCAAUAAAAGUUCCGACAAAAUUCAUCGUUGGAGAUCAGGACCUUACGUACAACAUUCCAGGUGUAAAAGAUUACAUCCACAAGGGUGGUCUAAAGGCAUGUGUGCCAAAUCUCGAAGAUGUGGUUAUCAUGGAGGGUGUUGCCCAUUUCAUCAACCAGGAGAAGCCUGAUGAGGUCUCCGACCAUAUUUGCGGGUUCUUUAGCAAGUUCUGAUAUGUGCAAAAUCUCUUGGAGCCUGCUUGCUAAUUGUACUGUAAAAACUAGAACCAUUAUGCCAGUACUGAUAUCUUCCAAAUAUAUUGUGAAUUUCAAAAUCAAGCAGUUUCUGUUCACAUGGCCGAUAGUGUGUCAUAACCAGUUUGGAUUGUGGACUAAAGGCGAUGAAGAUUGAAGAAUGGCUCUCCUAGGCUCCUAUAAAGCUAUGUGAUGUUAUAAGUUUUUUUUUUUCGUUGGGGAAGCUAAAUAUUCCAGAAAAUUUGAAGGAAUCCUGAAUUUGCUGGGAUUAA